GCUGUCAAUUUUGUUUCACGGACAGUUCUAUGAAAAUGACAGCGAGUUCUUCUUCACAAGCCUCUCCCACCGAUCCUCCAAACAAAGCAAUUAUAGAUCCUUUCGAUGCCAGAUCAUUACAGGUUCAACCUGUUUCAUAUAUAGACAAUGAUCCACCCACAGAAUUCUUUUAUCGUCCAAGAACUUUAACAGUAUUAUCGGCAAUGAUAUUUGGACUUGUAUAUGUUGCAAUAUAUCAUGAAGAGGACGAUAAACAAUUGAAUACGUCAACGAAUAUCAAAUUCGGUAGCAUGGCCGGAGUAGGGUUUUUUCUUUUAUUUGCUAUGUUACAAUUCAGAGAUGGACCUUUCAUUAGGCCACACCCAGCUUUUUGGCGAAUUGUUUUGGGUCUUGGAGUGCUAUACCAGAUGUUUCUUGUAUUUCUUUUAUUUCAGGAUAAAUUUGAUGCGCGCUUAUUUCUCAGGGCAAUUGAUCCAACAUUAGGAAGACCUCUUCCAGAACGGUCUUAUGCCGAAAAUUGUGACUUGACUUAUGAGAAUGUUAAAAAUCAAAUUGAUAUAUUUGUGAUAUAUCAUGCUACCGGAUGGUACGCAAAAGCUGUUGUCUUACGUGAUUAUUGGUUUUGCUGGAUUUUAUCCGUCAUGUUUGAGGUGAUGGAAUAUUCACUGCAACAUCAAUUGAAUAAUUUUGCUGAAUGUUGGUGGGAUCACUGGAUCCUUGAUGUAUUAAUAUGUAAUUGGGUGGGUCUUUAUUUUGGAAUGAAGACAUGCGAGUAUUUUGAGAUGAAAGGUUAUUCUUGGAGAGGUAUUAAGCAGAUACCGUCAUCAAAAGGAAAAGUAAAGAGGAUAGUGCAACAAUUUACACCACAUCAUUGGACAAAAUUUGAAUGGGGAACAACUAAAAGUUUUAAAAAUUAUGUGGCAGUCCUUGGACUUUUGUUUUUGUUUCUGCAAGCUGAAUUGAAUUCGUUUUAUCUGAAAUAUCUUUUAUGGGUUCCGCCGGAACAUCCCAUUAAUACAUAUCGAGCUUUGUUACUUUUCAUGUGUUCAAUUCCUGGUACACGUGAGGCAUAUCAAUAUUUAACAGACAAAAAUUGUAAAAGAUUUGGACCUCAAGCAUGGUUAACUAUAGCAAAUAUAAUGACAGAAUCAGUAAUUUGUUAUAAAUUUGGCAGAGGUGAAUUUCCAAAUCCUGCUCCAAACGAAGUAGUUAUAUUUUGGUCGGUUUUAAUAACUUCAUUAGUAGGAUAUGCUAUAUGGCAAUUUGGAAUCCCUGCUUUAAAGAAAAGACGACGAUCAAAAAAUUCUGCCAAAAAAGAAGAAUAAAAAAAAAAAUACUAUUUGUUUUUUUUAACUUGAUAAUUAUAUUUCAUCCCCGAUUUUAACGAACAUUUGUUGAUCAUUUAUUCACUCUUUAUCGUAUCGUUAUAUUAAGAUUGUUAUAUUAAGAUUAAUAAAAAUUGUAUGAAUUUAAUUUUAUUAAAAAUACAAGUAUUAGCAUAUGGAUACCGCGGAUACCGCGAAAUGUUUGGAUGUUUGGCAAUCUGGCAAUCUGUAAUCGGUGAGAUAAUGUAAUAGGAAAGCCGUAAGGCGGAGCGGUGAUUUCGUGAAAUGACUGGCUUAUAUCUCGGAUCGUGAUAAAAUAAUCCAUUAGUUUAACGCCGAUCUAUCCUUAAAAGAAUUUCAUGAUUUACAUGAUGUAUUUCAUAUGCGAAUAUUAGAUCGGGUACAUUAGCCAAAUUUAGAUAAAAACCACGA